GAUACGGAAGCCGGGAGGGCUGAGUGCAAGGUCUACCUCAAGGAAGUUAGCGGAGGAAACUCGGAUACCGGUGGAGAAGAGGUGUCUUAGGCCCAAUGGCGGCUGUGGACGCAAGCGGCAGCGAUGGGAAAGGGCAAGGGGUCGAGACCUCCGUGACCUAUUAUCGAUUGGAGGAGGUGGCCAAGCGCAACUCCUCGAAGGAGAUAUGGCUGGUGAUCCACGGGCGAGUCUACGAUGUCACUCGCUUUCUUAACGAGCAUCCUGGAGGAGAAGAGGUUCUGCUGGAACAAGCUGGUGCAGAUGCAAGUGAAAGCUUUGAAGAUGUGGGCCACUCCUCUGAUGCCAGAGAAAUGCUGAAGCAGUACUAUAUUGGUGACGUGCAUCCGAAUGACCUUAAACCUGAGGGUGGUGGCAAGGACCCUUCGAAAAACAACACGUGCAAAAGUUGCUGGAUAUAUUGGAUUUUCCCCAUCGUCGGCGCCAUUCUCUUAGGUUUCUUGUAUCGUUACUACACGUCGGAAAGCAGAUCCUCCUGAGGAGACCUUGUUGGAGUCUGGAAGCAUACACACGUGGAAGUGGAAACUAGAGACUUGUUUGGAGGCUGCAGUGGUGCCCUCUUCCCGAAUCCUGCCAGUUUUAUUCUUCCCCCUUGGAGCCCAGACGGUUGGCCACACAUCCGCCUCAGAGCCGGGGCCAGUGUCCUUCAUCUCUCAGAGCCUUCCUCCCAAAGCACCUGCCCAUUGUUCUGUGUCCUUACCACUGUUUCCUCUCUCCACUGGUUUCCACGAACGCCUUUGCAUUUCAAAACUGUCUUUUAUAAUUACAAUCCAUAUGUCCUAGUGACAUUGCCCUUUGGUAAAAAUGCCUGCUUUCCAAUACUUUGAUUGCACAUCAGACAUUCUUAACAGGGCAGCCUUCUCUGCUUUUGAAGCUUUUCUUUUUCCGUUUUUCUUUUAAGUAAAUUAAAAAAAAAAAUUCUGACUUAAUUCUGUUGUUUAUCAUAAGGGGUUUAAAUUGAUGAAGUCAAGACUUAAAACACAGCCGCCAAAUGGUCUUCCUUGUUUCUAUUUGUUGAAAUUGGAAAGAACCAUGUGAUCAACCUUGCCCUCCCAAGCGAGUGUGGCAGGUAGCUCUGGCCACCCCCUGGGUCCACCAAGUGGUGCUGGACAGAAGCAUGCUUCACUUUUAUUUCUGGGGAGUAGAGAGAAACAGGGAAAGGGAGAGGUGAAUUGAGGUGAUGGGGCAAAUUCGUAGUAAUCUUUCUUGUGAAAAGUAGUGCUUUAGAGAAAGCACCAAAGAUUUCAUCCUUUGCUUUUGUUUGGCACCAGUUUCUCGCCGUCUUCCCCCCCAACCAUCUUUUACUGGUAAAAUAUAAAUUCAUAAUUAUAUCUGUAGAGCUUUACCAUAGAUUUUUGCUGCUUUUUUGUUUAUCGAUUAUCAAAUUUUUUAUUCCCCAUUUUACAAAAUUAAGAGACUUCAAAUUGAUCAAAGAUACAAUAUUUGAUCUUUUGUUUGCUCCAGUAAAAUACCCUCCACACUAAAGCGGCAUUUGAGAGGGGGAGACUGUGACGAGAGAAUGUGUUGCAUUUCAUCUGUAUUUUAUCUCUGUGGCUCUAACUUUGUCUCUGCCGUCCGUGAAACCCAUCCUAGACCCAGGCCUUCUUUUGAUCUCCUGCUGAUGUGAUGUCACUUUGUAUUAUAAAAACCACUUUGGGGUCCAUUUACUAUUCUGCUGUGGUUUUGUUGUUUUUCCGUGAGAAUAAAAAACUCGGAGUUUUUUUUCUCGGAUGUGUUUCAUUGAGGAGUAGCUUAUUAUUUAAAAUUAUGUUACUAUUUCUUCUUGGCUCAGGAAUUUCUCUGGCAUAUUUGACUUUACUUUUUUUUUUCCUGUGGAAGCACCUGAGGAGACCUCAGUGUCCUGGCUGUUUUCUGCCAAGAGCUGUUUGUGGUGAUUUUUCUCCCCAUCCUUUGAGGAUUACCAUUCUGCUUGUGAGCGGUUGUCAUGUGCAGCAGGGAGCAGCUUCGCUCCAGAAGGACCACGGGCACUGCUCAGUAUUUCCUCCCCGCUUCCAGCUUGCCAGCGACUUGACAAGACGGGAAACUGCCCAGCAAACCAGUGUCUGCCCAUGCAAACUAUUUAAGAAAAAGUUCAACCCAGGUCUUGUAUCCUGUGAUUUAGCAGUUGAGUGAAUUUAGAAUUCAUCAAAAUAAUAUUAACCUUGUAUUUGCACAUUUGAAUGUGACAUUAUGGAGUAAUUUUAGGGGAUUUCUGACUGACUUUUAUGUAUCAGAUAUGGUGAUAGUCAAACUUUUACCUUUAGAAAAUGUUUUGUGUGUAUUAUAAGAUGCCACUUCAAGACAAUUUAUUGAAAAAAAACUUUGGUUAUUAUAUAACAAAAGUGAUGUGACUAUUGAUGCUCCUCCGUUUGAAGGCUAGGAAGGGUUGCCUCGAAUAAGAAGUGGUAUAUAAUUGCUAUAAUAAUUAGGUUGCAUGAUUACAUGGGGCCAUUUUGCAGUAGAAAUAAAGAACAAAGGAGUAUUGAGGAGCUGGAAAGGGAGCAUUCAAGCUAAAACUAAGCCAGAAGAUAACUUGGACCAAUUAAAAGUGUGCUGGUAGGCUCCAAAACUGAAUGGAAAACAUCUGGCUUAUAAGAAACGGUAAAGAAUGAUAGUCUUAAGUAAAAUUGGUGUUUUUGAUAUUUUUAAGAUAAACCACUGUAAAAAGUAUGUUUUUCUAUUUCAUAUUGGUUGUCUUUUUCUGUUUAUAGCUGGACUUAUUUUUACUCAGAGCCAGAGAAGUAGACUUUCAGACUUUGUCUCUGCCUUCCCUGAAACCCAUCCAAGACCCAGGCCUUCUUUUGAUCUGAUGCUGAUGUGAUGUCACUUUGUAUUAUAAAAACCACUUUGGGGUCCAUUUACUAUUAUCCUGCUGCCUCCAUAAACAGCCAGGUGACAAGUAGAGCUUGUAUGAGAGUUUGCAGAGGUUUUUCUAAACAAUAAAGUAAUACAGUAUGUUAGCCAAAUCCAUCAAAAAGGACUUUUGUUUUAGGAGGUAGCCUUGAAUUCUGGAAAAACAGUCUCCACAUUAGUAGGUUGUGAAAACCUCUCUGGAGAGCAAGUGGAGCCCGUCCCUGUUGGCUGACCCCGGCCCCUAGAGCUAGUCUCGGGGGUGUUGGGUGGUUUAUUCCUGAGGAAGACUGACUGCGACUGCACCCCUACUGUACACAUAACGCCUGGAGAUCACCAGAGGAGAGCAUGAGGGAAAGCUUAUGCCACCAAAAUAGGGGUGUUCGUGCUGGGCCUCCAAAAUCUUUAGCUCCUGUCUCUCAGGAAUUGGUUUUGGUUUCUGAAUGACUUCCACGUUUCUAAAGACGAGAAAGCGGUGGGGACAAAGUUUAUAUUGUGUUUAGUUCUCAGACAACUUAAGCAGAAACAAAAAUUCAUUGGAACCUGUAAUAUGAGCCUGUAAAGUUCUUCCAGCAAGUUGUCAUAAAUGCAUAGGUUGUGAAAUAAGAUCAUUAUUGAGUUUAUGCUCAUUUGGUUCCGAUAUGAAGCAAUGAAAAAUUCUUUACAGGCCAGGUAUGUCAUUACUUACGGUAUCUCAUGUUGAAAAUCUCAGGUGAUAUCUAUCUGGUUAAAUUCCAUUUUAGGAGAUUGAAAUGCUGAACACGAAUGUUUAAUGGAUUCAGACAUGUCUUGUCUCAACAAGAGAUUGAUUUUUUUCUUUAACCAUCUCAUUCUGUUGCCAAAUAUCACAAACUUAAUGGGGAGGUUUAGUCACAUUUGGCUGCUGUGCUCUGAAAGAGCCCAGUUUGGGGUGAUCUCAGAGGGAGUUUCCAAGAAGCAGAGAAGUAGUCGUCAGGUUACCUACCCUGUGUCUGGCAUUUUACUCUUGAGUUUUAGGAGCUGCUCUUUGCCUGCACUUAGGCUCUACAUUUGCUAUUUGGGCAGAACGUAAUUGUGAUUAUUGGUGUCCUUUCUUUUUACUUCACCCUCAACUAUGAACGAGUAAUAAUAACAUUCCUUUUGUGUAUUCAAUAAUGGAGUUUGUUUACCUAUUUUAUUUCAGCAUAUUUUGAACAAAGAUCUUUGUCUCUUUCUGCUGGAAUGUGCACACAGUGAAUGUUUGUUGGAACUACACACAAUAAAGAUACUGUUUUCCUUUU